AUGGAAUACUCGAGUAUGCAAAAACACACAAGUAUACCGGAUCCAAUUGAUACGCCUUCCUUCUUGGAGACAGACCCAUACGGGAAUCAAACAAACAAAGCAUUCACUUCACCCAUGCCGACAACACCAAUGGGAACACCAAAACGAUUCUAUAAAAAGCCAUCAAAGCCACGUGAUUUUGCUCACAGCGCAAAGAAGCGUCAGUCAGUUUUAGCGCUUGGAAGUAUCACUCAUCUACAACAUUUUUAUGCUAAACGAGGGAUCAUUAUUAAACCAAAAAAACCAAAAAAUGCUGAAGGUGGAGCUGGCCUAUCGAUUAAUACAAAUCUUACUGAUUUAUUGAAAAUUUCAGAGGAGCCGGACGAUAUUUCAUUUCCUCCGACCCCACUUCCUCCUUCUCCGCCACCAUUACCCGCAUACAUAACCUCGAGACUAGAUGUUGAAACAGAUCCAGAAGUAUUAUUAGCCACUUGUCAUAUAGAAAUACAGGAGAUGCUUGAUGCAUGGAAAAUAAUGAAUAACGGGUCAAGGAAUGACUCUGAUUCCGAUGACGGUUCUACAGUUUCUGGUUUUUCAUCCUCAUCGGCUGCUGUGGAUGUUCUCGAUGUAAUUGCAACCACAACGAAAGCAAUACAAGCAGUUAAAAAUUAUUCAAUGGUAAAAGAGGAUUUAUCUCCUGAAUCAUUAAGUAAGAUUCGAGCUGCUGCACUUGAAGUUUUGGAGAUGAUAAGUGGGCUGGAGAAAAGUUACCGAGAUGACGAUACAGAUGAUAGUAGUAGUGAAGACGGACAUGUUUAUAAAUCAGCGAGUCUAAGAACUUUGGAUCACGAAAGAGUCAUACUGAAAAAAUAUAUUAAAGUUGUAGAGGAAUGCUUACUAUUCGACGACAAGACAAUAUAUCCAAACAUAUCUUAUUUGAGCAGCGCUAAUAGUGGAAUGAGUAGCAAUAAUUCAUCCUCAUUUCAUACCAAUGCUCCGUCAACUGCUUCUACUUCAUCCGCAGCUUCAAUUAUUGAGGAGAAUAAACAAGCACAUCGUCCUUCAAAAUCCAAACAAGCCGCCGAUUACAUACCACUUCCAGAUCCUCGGAACGACAAAACAGAAUUUUUUGCUGCAUUAGCUGAUGGUAAAUUACUAUGCGAGAUAUUUAAUACUGUUGUACGGCGAUCAAAGCGACCUUUUGGGUUUAUUGAUCAUAUACAUGAGGAUACAUCGCGGACUUAUCGGGCUACAGAGAAUUUGAAAUUUUUUGCAGCUGCAUGCAGAUUUCGAUUUGAUAUCAAAUUUGAAGAAUUUAAUGCUCCUGAAAUAGUGAAACUGACUGAAACGGGGAAAGUUCACUUAGAAAAAACACUUGAAAUCUUUUGUGAAAAAGCAAUGGACGAACUCAUAGCAACAGGCGCGUACCGAGCAUCGCCACUAUCACGAGUCCCGUCAAUAUAUUUAUCCGACUCGGCUGCAUCUUCACAGUGUCAAUUGAAUAGCACCAGUGAUGGAACAACACCCCCACCUUAUAGCGAGGCGGAAUUGACACAAGCAUUUGCUAAGGCUUCUUUAUCGAGCCAGGAUAAUUAA